UAGAGGUUUUCACGACAUUUUUACAGCAGAGGCGGCAGUUUCCUUUCUGUGUUGGAGAAGGCACUGUCAUGGCGUCAGGAGCAGGAGAAUCGUCCGGUGGGCACGAUGCAGAACUGGAUGAAUUAUUGGACAGUGCAUUGGAUGACUUUGACAAGACAUCCGUCCCUCCACCUCCCGAACCUGCAGCCGCUUCGUCCUCAGCCAGCAGUGGUGCACAGAAGCCACCUUUGCUUGAGGACUGUAAGCUUUUCGAGACCCUCUUUGAAGGAGAUAUGGCUGCCCAAGCUAAGGAGGAGUGGGAGAAGGCCAUGACAGAGCUGGCUCAGGAGGAGCCAGAGCUUCUCCAUCACUUUCAGAAGCUGUCAGAGGCUGCAGGAAAAGUUGGUACUGACACUGCCUCCCAACAAGAAUUCACUUCCUGUCUUAAAGAAACCCUUCAGGGGCUGGCCAAAAAUGCAGACAACCUGAAGUCUUCAGGACUAGCUGGAGAUGACCUUGUCAAAGCCCUAGAAGGCCUAGGUUUAGAUGAGGGUGAAGGAGGUGGUGAUGAUGGAAACAUCCUGCCCAUCAUGCAGUCCAUUAUGCAGAAUCUUCUCUCUAAGGAGGUGCUUUAUCCAUCCCUCAAGGAGAUCACUACCAAGUAUCCGGAGUGGCUGGACACCAACAAACCGAGUCUUAGUACAGAGGACUACCAGCGCUAUGAGCAGCAGGCCAAAAUCAUGGGAGAGAUCUGUAAGCUCUUUGAGAGGGAGGACGAGGGUGCAGCAGAUAAAGAGAGCACAUUUGAGAGCAUCAUGGACCUGAUGCAAAAGCUGCAAGACUUAGGCCAACCACCUAAAGAGCUAGCAGGUGAUGCGCCUCCUGGCUUUAACUUUGACAUGGACUCCCUCAAUCUCACCGGAGGCCUCGGGGCCGGGUCAGCCGAGCAGUGCUCCAUCAUGUGAUGGGGGUUCUGGCAGUGUUCAUCUGAAGCACUUGAGCCGAAGGAUUGCUCUGUGUGUGUGUCAGCAACAGGAAGGGGAGUGACAGAGUGAGAAUCAAAAGUCAGUCGGGAGUGUGACUAAACCGUCAACACUGUUCUCCCCCAUAAAGAGGAAGGUGUGUGAAAAUGGAAGGAAUCACAGACACAGCAAACACACACUCCUCUCUCUAAAAAAAUUAAAAAAAAAAAAAAA